UUCAACGAAAAAUUCCAUAAAAGCGGAAAUUGUCGUCCCUGAUAAUUCUGCGAUGACUGCACAUGCUGAUCUGGGUCGACACUUUACGCAUUUGAAAUAUGUCCAGUUUAUAGAAAGAGGCUCAUAAUUAUGUCAGUUCAGCGUCGACGUAUUUCUGCACACAGUUUCUACAGUUUAUCUAUCCUUCACUGGUAUUCUCCACUCAAAUACCAGAAAACAUUACCUCAAUAACGUGCUUAAUAUUAUGUCAGUUCAACGACGACGUCGACGAGAGAACCGUCAGCGACGUCAGAGGACGACGUUCACAUCAGACCAGACGCUGAAGCUUGAGCUUGAGUACGCGCGCACCGACUACGUCAGCCGACACCGACGGUUCGAGUUGGCGGCAACGCUGCAGCUGACGGAGAGUCAGAUAAAAAUCUGGUUCCAGAACCGGCGGGCAAAAGACAAGAGGAUCGAGAAGGCGCAGAUCGACCACUCUCUGAGAUCGAUGGGUCUGCCGUCUGUUCAGAUUCCAUAUCCGUCAACGGUGACGCACUCCGAUUCCUGCAGCACAUGCGCAGUGCCACUUCCGUUUCCCACAUCACUUCCGCUGAGGUUACCAUAGGGACAGUUCCUUUUCGGUUUCCCACAUCAUAUCCGGUGAAAAUGCAAUAAAGAAAGUUUCAAUUCCGGUUCUCACAUCGCUUCCGGUGAGGUUGCUAUCGCGACAGUUCAACUUCCAUGUACCAUGUCACUUUCGGUGAAGCUGCCCUAGGGAAUGAGAGCGAUGAAAUGAUUAAUCUGAAACUUUAUAUUGUAUGUCAAUUUUAUAUUGUCACGCUCACAGACUAUUUAACUCAAAGAUAAAGUUAAGCAAAACAAAACCCAAUCAUAUCCUAUU